CCGAUCGCGGCCACGCGAUGUGGCUGCUCUGGCAGAUGCAACGCCGUCCAUCGAAAUAACAAUCGAAUAUAGUCCUGGCUUGCGAGUUAUUAGCGCCAAGAAGCGCUCCUCGAGUGUGCCGUCAAGAGGAUGCAGCUCUUGUCGAGCUUCAUGGCGAGACACCUGAAACGAGGGCCUUCCCUCAAGAAAGGGAAACGAGAGAGCGGACUGAACAGUCCCGUAGGCGGUCAGCCGUCGCCUACCGGAGGAACAGCAGCGGCUAUAAAGUCCUUGGCCGAGCUACCGGGACCGUGCAAUCUCAUUCCACUCGCCGGCAAGAUGACACCCGACGAUCCGGCGAGCGACGACGAGUUCGCCGUUGCCGUUGCGCAAAAGUCACUGAAAUUUGUUUUAUUGCAGCGUGACACCGAGGCAUUGCGCGGUGCAUUGUACCUGGGCGUAAGCGUAACGAUAGCAUGGCUUGUCGGAGUGGCAGGAUUGUCGUUAGCUUGGCUGAUGCUUGUCCUAGCAUUGGCAGGUAGCUUGACGAAAGCUCGAAUAUCGCGUCUGCUACAAACAGCCCUGCAGCAGGAAUUAGCUAGGUUACGUAGACGACGCGCGCUUUACAAGGACGAAACUGCCGAAUGGCUGAGUCUACUCAUCAACAAGUGGUGGAGGUUUAGCGCCGCGAGUAUAUUUUCGCAUGCGAAGGAACGGUUGGAGCCUCUGCUGAACGAUGCCAAACCAGCGAUAUUGGGGUCGCUGGAGUUGAGGGAACUCACGUUGGGGGAGCAGACACCCUGCAUCACGAGGAUUCGCACGCUCGAUUUCAAUGGCGACGAGGACUCGGCCUCUAACAACGGGGGCAGGUCCACCUCGACGAAAUUGUGCGUCGAAGCUGAUCUCAAUUUGGACUGCGAGCAAUUCCGCAUGCUCAUCGCCACGAGGCUUUUCGGGAAAGGAGUGGGCAUGGACAUAGACCUCGCCGUGGAAAAGCUGUCGGUUUCCGGCACAGUGAUGGCGUCGCUGACAUUGGACGCGAACUCGCCAUUCCCACAUGCGAGUCAGCUGAGCUUGAGUUUUGUGGAGAAGCCCGACGUCUGGUUCAGCGUGCGUCUGCUGCGAUCCGUGCAGAUGAUGGAGGUACCGCUGCUGAAAACCUGGAUUCACGCGGUGGUGUCGGACGCGCUGGCAAGUUGGCUGGUCGACCCGGGACACCUGGAGAUCGAUCUUCGCGCGCAAGAGCGACCGGGACCUGGAUUUGAUUGCACGGCUAACAGCACGCCGCAGGCGGUACUGACCGUGACGCUCAGUCAAGCCGGAAUCGCGCCUAGCAACGAUGAAGAGCGAUGGCUGGUGGUGACAAUCGGCGAGCAGCGUCGCGUCACCUCGGCCUUAAGCGCCAACUGGAGCGAGGACGUGUCGUUUUUGGUGGGAGCUUUGGACAACGAGCGCAUCAGCAUUAAACUGAAGGCCAAGCGCCUCGUCAGCACCAUCACCCUCGCCCAGUUCGAGCUGGCCCUUGGCAUUUACAACUGGGAGACGUCGCAAGUAGUGGAGACGGUGCUGCAGCAGAAGAAGCCGUCUCGCAACAGCACCAGCAUUCCCAACAUAAAUGCGCGCCUCGAGUAUUCGACGCUUCCAACUCUCGAGCCGGACGCGCCGCAGCCAAGCAUUCCCGACCCGAUGGAAUCGCAUACUGCUGGUGUCCUUGUGGUUUACAUACAUUCUGCGGAGAAUCUUGGCAGCGAUACUUCGCAGUGCAAUCCUUAUUGUUUGCUUUUCAACAAUCGCAAAAAGGUAAAAACGACACACUACAUUCGCGGCACAAACUCACCGAACUGGGAGUCGUGCGCGGAAUUUCUCGUCCAGGACUACACUCAAGUAUCAUUGAGCUUCGUUAUUUACUCAUGGAAUAUUUCCAAGGGAGCCGACACAGACAUGCUUGGUCUUGCAAUGCUAUCUCUUUCACCGGGAAUGAAAUGGAUAGUGCGAAAAGAGUUGACACUGAGUGGGUCGAGCAGCCAAUCGACAAUGACGGUAUCGGUGCUGUUUCAUCCGGUGCGAAGCGUACAGCAGAUAUCGUCUAGCCGAAGAAACAGCGUGAACCAGUUGGCCGCCGAGGACGAGCCCAAGAACAAAAGAAAUAGCCUUCCGUGGAUGCAGCAGGCAAAAAUGCUGCUGACUCGUGACGCCGACACGGCGGCGUCGGACGUCUCAAGUUUACUGUCGACCGGCAGUGGUUUGAUGGAAGUAACGCUUUUACGUGCCAGGGACCUCGUCGCCAAGGAUUUGAACGGUUUCAGCGAUCCCUUCUGCGAGCUCAGACUCAACAACGAGACCAAAUACAAGAGCAGUGUGAAAAAGAAGACGUUAAACCCAUGUUGGGAUGAAAGUUCCAUUAUGGGCUUGCCGCGAAGCAGCGAAACUCUCGACGUUGUAUUGUGGGAUCAUGAUACUUUCGGUAUGAAAGAUUACCUUGGUAAAGUAUCAUUGACUCUCGAGGAAAUUCGGAGAUUGUCGAGCUCCGAUCAAUCUUAUUGGUUUCCUCUACGCGGAACCAAAUCUGGGUCAAUCGAACUAAAAAUCAAAGUUCUGUCCGAAGAAUGUGAGACUCAAAGUACUUACGCGACAAGUACUAUCAGCGAAGCCUCGACGAGACCCAGCGAGCUGCACGAAACCCCGGUACCGAUAACCACGAAUAUCAUACGAAGACCGUCCAUGGAGAAAUCGCGGAUGAGGUUACACCUAGAGCCAGUUGUUCCGCCGCCACCUCCACCGAGAACUGUAACUUUGAUCAAAGUACCUAAGAUUCCCGAAAAUCAUUCAACGCAUUCGUCGCCAUCGAAUAAUCAUUUGAGACAUGCAAAUCACACUCCUGGCAAAUUGUUCGCAAAAGCCAAAGAUUUUGAUGAAAGUAGCGAAGCGUCAACGAAUCAUUGGAGUCGGAAGAGAAACGGAGAACAAAGUGAUUGUGCCGACGAGACUGACGAUUCGAAAUCGAAAAUGUCAUCGAGUCAUCACAGCUUGUCACCUAGCCCCGAUCAAAGUUUUGGAAAGAAAACGCCUCAGUAUAACAGUUUCCGUGCAAUGAAACAAAAGAUGAAACGAGGCUUGAGACUACGGAGAUUCCGUUCCGAAGUAAACAUCGAAGAAAAGGAAUCGAACAAAGGAGUAACAUUGAGUUUGGAACCGAGAGGCAGUGAGUUGGACGCGACGGAGAUAAUGCAAAGCUCAGCAGUGCUUUCUCAUGCAGUCUCUCAACCUGACAUGCUUGCUCGACAGAGUCGCCACAACAGCCCAAAGCCCAAGCACCGGCAAAAUGUGACAUUUACAGAUGCAAAAGUUAUUAACGGGUUACGAGAAAAAUAUGCCGGGGUUGAAGGCAAAGUACUUCAGGCACAAGGACUUCAUGUGGCACACAUUGCUCAACUUUACUGCCGCGUUAAAUUUCAAAAUUGCACAAGUCCAGAAAAAAUGAAUCACUCGAUGACCGGUGGAAAAACUAUCGCUAAAUCGCGAUUACUGCCCGCUAUGCCAAAUCCACAAUUUUGCAUUGACUUCCAAUUGGAUCACGACUCCAUACCCAGGCAGUCGAUGCUUGUUUUUGAGAUUCGUAGUGCUAGUAAAGAAUUGCUUGCCAGUAGGAGGAUUACUUUGCACGAGCUUCUAGGAGCAUCAUCAGUAACAAGCGAAGUUCGCACAUGGCUUGCCUUGAAUAAUGGUGCUUCUCUCGAGAUCCAGAUAGCUCAUGGGCGAGAAAUUAAGAGAUCGACGAAGAAAUUAUUUAGAUCAUGGUCGGUACAUAGAAUUGGAAAAAUUUGACAUUUUGCUGAUAGAUUUUAGAUACUCAUUUUGUAUAAUAUAAGAUUCAAUUCAAUCUUUUGAUGUAUAAUUGGCGAUAACGUCGCUAUGUAAAAUACUGAAGAUCGUAAUAUAUAUUUUGGCCUAUUUACCAGUAAAUCAAAUUCGAAUAUAUAUUUUUGAUAUCGAAAAUUUGUUCUGGUUGCUAACUUUAUUUGUAAAGCGUCCGAAACAGACUUUACGGUAUUUAUCGGUGUUUUUGCAAAACAAAGAAAAUCAAAUUUUAUUUGAAUUUUUAUAUUUAAUUUUAUAAUUCGAAUAAAAUUAACAGUACAAAAUUAAAAUUAAGCAAUUUACUAUACAACAUAUUAAAACAUUUAAAGAAAAAAGUAAAGUGACUUCAUGGUUGUAUUGAAUACAAUUGUCAUAAAUAUUAUUCUUUAAACAUUCCUUAUAUGCCAUUAAUUUAAUUUGAUUUAAUUACUGGCGACAAUAUAAAACAUACGUACUAUGAUACCUUCAAAUGAAAAUGAAUAAAGCGGAAAUUAUUUUCAUAUUUGUAUAACUGGAUAUAUUUCAGCAGUAUACAAUUGUAAGUUACAAAAGUAUAUAAUUUAUUUUAGACAAUGAAGACCUUUAUUACUGCAAUAUUAAAUAUUAUAAAUAUAUAACUUUAUACUUAUUAUAUAUUAUAAAACUAUAUCUUUACUAAAGAUUGUAAAAAAUAUAUUUAAAAUAUAAGUUUUCUAAUAAAAUGAGAGUAUACGAAACGUAUUUAUAAAUAAUUGAAAAAUUGAAAAAUUUCUUAUUCUUAAAUAUAAAUUAUUGAAAUCUAUAUCAUUUAAAUAUACACCUACAUCGAUAAAGUAUCUUACCUUACAUUAAUUAUUAACAAAAAUUAGUACAAAAUUGUAGCUCUUAAAAAAUUUUAUUGAAAACAUAUAUGCCUGCAUAUGUAGACUGAAUACAUAAAUUAUAAAGCCUGAUGUAGUCCAAAAAUAAAUGAUUGAAUGCAAUGUCAAACAUUUAUUGCAAUAUGUAAGACUGCCUUAGAUAAAAAAAUAUGCAGCAUAGUCUCAUAGCUUAUGUUCAAGAUGAAGUAUAUUUAAAUGUAAAGAAAAUAUAAAUUUAAUUUCUGUAUGCAUUUCUACAUAUAUUAAAAAUUUAUAAUGUAAUAAAAAUAAUAUCCGUAAGAGAUUAAAAUAAUUUUUUACUGUCUAAUAUCUCUUAGAUUAUUUAUUACUCCUUUGUGUACACACUUGAAAAACCAUCAUUUGUAAUAAAAAAAUGUGUAGGACUUUUUACAUGAUCAUUGAUUUUAUAUAGCUAUUGUAUUAAUUUUUUAGUAGUUUGUGUACUAUAAAAUAGAUAAUAAAUAACAAUUUUUUUGGAAUAUUCCAAAUUUAUUACGAAGCUGUGAAAUAAUACAAGUAAUAUUAAUAUAAUUUUAUAUAAUAAAACAAAACAUGUAUAACCUUAAAUACUACU